CACAAAUGGAACACAACCAAACCCCCAACUACAAUCUCCAAGAAAUCCUCUCAGCUGACAUACGAACCGAAAUCCCACCCGAAACAGUUACCACCAUAACAUCGCAACGCCCCUUCGUCACCAUCCAGGGACUCUUCAACAUCCGCGACAUCAGCAGCGGCAAUCUGCGCCCGGGAUACGCCUACCGCUCCGGCUUUCUAUCCAACAUCUCAGACGAGGGCAAAACAUCCCUUCGCGAUGUGGGGAUAUCCACCAUCUUCGACCUGCGCAGACACGAUGAACGGACGAAAUCGCCUAGCCCCGCCAUCGAGGGCGUCGAGACCGUCUGGGAACCGUAUACCCGCGACCCGGAACCGACUAACCCUCUAGACUUCAAGGAAGAAGAUCAGGGCGUCUCCGGGUUCCUUAACAUGUUCAUGUGUAUUGUGGAGAUCUCGACGCCUGUUUUUAGAAAGGUCUUUCUGCAUAUUAGGGAUUGUCCGCAGAGGCCGUUUCUUUUUCAUUGUACUGCCGGUAGAGACCGUACCGGCGUCCUAGCGGCCUUAAUCCUCUUGCUAGCGGAUACGCCCUCGGACGCUAUUGUCCAUGACUUCAUCCUGAGUCGCGUCGGAAUCGAACCCGCUCGAAAGAUGCUAAUGGCAGCCUUUCCGACCCUCUCCGGCGCUGUAACUCCAGAGAGUACCGGGUGGCUGGAGCUGAUGAGUGUGCGGGCUCCUGCGAUGGUUGCGUUCUUGGAUACGGUUGAACAGUCUUUCGGUGGUGUGAAGGGCUAUUUGACAGGUAUAUUGGGGUUUUCAAAUGAGGAUGUGGAAAUCAUGCGGGUGAACUUGAGGGGCAAUUAAUGAGCGUUUCCUAUUUUUCUUCCUGUGGAUGUUAUGAUAGAUAUCAUUUUGAUAGAUGGGGUUGGGUGGGAAGGACCUAUGAGGGACUUCAUCCUAACAUCCCCUCACCCACUACGUAUUCA